UUUCCUCGCGCUCUGCUAUAUUUUAAACCGUGUACAUCCGUACAUCAUACACUUCUACUUUCCUUGAAAGCCACUUGAACGCCACCUGGGUACUCUCAUGGAAUCAGAGAAGCCGCCGGCAACUUUACGCCGCAAGCUCUCGGGCCGGCUGUUGAUUCUCUUUUCCAUCUUGGCCAUAUUCAUAUUCACAGCUGUAUUAUACACAUCCGCUGAUUAUAUAUCUGUCACCACUCCAAACCUUUUUCCGCUAUUCACCCACCACCCAUCGCAGGGAUUUUCAUCUCCCGAUCCGGAGAUCAGCCAAUCCAAACAUCUAGGCGGAUUACCAGGUUUCCAAGUAUUACAAAAUGUAUGGGUUCAUAACGGUACCAUCUACUUAUUCGCCCCCGACCGUUCCAAAUUUCCCUCCAAAAGCCGAGCAGUAAGCGGCCAAACGGGCUGGGAGGUAUUCACCCACCCUUCUCACGAUUUGCUCCUCUCUGCGAGGGGGGCUUACAUUCUUGAAGGGACCUCUAUAUUCAUCAACGAAGGAGCCAAAAUCGAUGAAUGGCAUUAUCUCUCUUCCUACUAUCAUCUUGUAUCCGAAACGCUCCUCGGCUCUCUCUCAUCUCUCGCCUCUGUCCCUCUGCCCUCGUCUGGCCUCUCCCACUCUAACUCGGUGCCGAUACGGACACAGAUGCAUAUUCCAACAACAACGGCGAGAGGCAAAGUCGUCCCCGCCCUCCCGGAUAGAGUAGUAAUACCAUGGAAAGGCGCGGAAGGGUGGAGAGAUGAAGCAGGGUGGGGGGAAAUGGUUUUGAGUGCUCUUUGGGGUGACAGAGGGGGUGAGAGAGCCAGAGGCGAGGGAGGUGGAGAUGAGAAACAGAGGAUCGCGGGAGUGAUUGAACCGGAAGACUGGGACAUAUUGAGCAAUCUUGGAAACGAACAUAAGGGAUGGGUCUUCAUGGAACGAGCAAUAAUAACGGACCGCUGGGCAUCCCACCGGCACAAUCAGCUUUCUCUCGCAUUGAACAAGAUGGCGGCCUCGGUGUUUGUGAUGCCAAAACCGGUUUUUUGGUGGACAGAGGUUAGGCGGAGGUUUUUGGGGGGUCUUGGGUUUGGGUUAGAGAUGGGGGAGAGAGAUGUACCAGGUGGAAUGCUCUCAUUUCCUCCUCCUUCCUCCUUGUCCUUGUCUACCACGAAAGCAAAUAAAAGAAGAAUCAAAAGGACAACCCCGAAAUUAAUAUACAUGCUCGACCAAUCGUCCACAGCGGAACGAAAAUUGAGCGAACAAUCAGCGUUGGAGCUGGAGGGCAUGCUGGGGGAAAUGGAGGGGAAGGGCAUGAUAGACGUCGUUCAUCUUUGGAUCGGCAAAUCCGAUUACAAAUCGCACAACGGAAGGCAGAAUAAAGGGAUUGAGGACAAGCAGCGGCAAAUAAAAGAGGUGAUUGAUGCGGAUAUCGUACUAUCCGUACAUGGCGAGAUGUUGACACAUCAAGUAUGGAUGCCGGAAGGCGGAGUCGUCAUCGAGUUAUUUCCGAAUGAGAGCUUUUUACCCGAAAACCAGAUUGUGGCGGACGUCUUGUUACACGAGUAUAUUCCCGUCUGGUAUGACAGGGCUCUUUCGAGAGAAGAAUGGGACGCUUUGCCUGCGCAAUAUGAACAUGGCAAGCUUUACGAUGGAACAGAGAUCACUGUCAGUUUCCCUCUUCUCCUUCUUUACUUUCCCUUUUCUUUUAUUCUGCCUCCCAGGAGACUAUUGUCGAAGAAAAAAAAAAAUGUAACUGCUGAUGGAUAAUGAACUGCUGUAGGUAGAUAAAGUAUACAUGAGGUUAUUACUGGAGGAAGUCGUAGGGCGGAUGAGGUCAAAGUGAGAGAAGUGAUAAAGUGUGAUUGGUGUUGCCGAAGGGAAGGGGAGUAAUAUAGACAGGAAACUUGAAAUGACGAAACAACACAUAACGCACAUUAUACAAGGAGAUACAAAUCUUCAUUGUACCGAACGCAUUACACAACCAGACGAAGCAAGAAGACAAGACAGAAGGGUGUGGGUUUAUUUGUUGUAUUAUAAUAAAAUAUCUCAGCGGGAUCUUACGCCAUCUAUCUAUGGUAUCGCUCUUAGGUCCU